GGUCGAUAUAACUGUUUCGGUAGUGAGUGAUAGUGUUGGUGCUGCUGAGUCGAACGGAGUUUUAAAGCAAAAAUCGCUGCUCACGAGAGCAUUCCUCAGGUGAAAAGUUAGAUCUUCAUGAAUACCGACCGAACAAGAUCCAUCACCGGCUGUGUGCGGUGGACAGAAUAAAAUUUUACCAUAAACCCCUUCAGAGCUGACUGGAGAAGUGAUGUGGCAUAGCUGAUACCGGUUUGGAAUAGAUAGGCCAACAUGAUCGACUCCUUGCUGGAUCUGCGCUCGGUCAACCUGAUCAACUUUCUAUUCGCGCAAUUGAUAGUGAUUAUCGUGCUGCUGGGCGGAUUGAUUGCAACCAUCGAGAAGUACCUUCCAACGUUGAUCAGUCAAACGUUUCGCUAUGGGAAGCAUGCCCACAAGGGGCCUCAGGAUCGGUUCGUAUCGCUGCUGGAAGUGCCAAAGUCAUGGUUCAAGCACUUCUACGUAUUUGCUGCCCUGUGGUCGGCAGCCGGGUUCUAUUUCAUGGUGAAUAAUUACCUCGCUGGACAACCCGCUCCCAGUUAUGUGAUUGAUUUCCUUGAUGUCAUGGGCACUACGAAGCGGACCGCUAGAACUACUCCCACCGAAACAAUGGUCGCCCUGUUCUUGAUAACGUUGCAGUGCUGGCGUCGGUUCUACGAAACCUGGUGUGUUCAGGUGUUUUCCAGCAAGCUGAAAAUUCACCUAUCGGCUUACCUGGUCGGGUACAUCCACUACUUCGGUACGGUGGUAGUGAUUCUUUCGCAAGCGGAAGGGUUCAUUCGAUCCGAAGCCCUUCCGCUACCUUAUCGUUUCGAACUGACACCCCGGCUUGCCCUUUGGAUCGGUGUAUUUAUCUAUGCCUGGCGCUAUCAGUUCCAAUCGAAUUUGAUUCUGGCCAACCUUCGGAAGGAUCGCACCGGGAAGGUGACGAACCAGAAGCAUUCCAUUCCGCGGGGUGGCUAUUUCGAGCUGGUGUCGUCACCGCAUAUGUUAUUCGAGAUAGUGAUGUAUGCCGCACUGUAUGCCAUCAUUGCGAGGAACACGUCCGCGGUGUACGUGUUCGCGUGGGUACUGUCGAACCAAACGAUGAAUGCAUGGCUGACGCACCAGUGGUAUCGGGAGAAUUUCGCUGACUAUCCGCCCGAGAGACGUGCCGUGUUUCCCUAUGUGCUGUGAAGAAGCGGUCGGCGGUGGAGGAAGCGGAACAGCUGCACGGCGCAUGGUAGCUGCAGCUUGGCCUUCGGUGCGGAUAUGCAUUCGCUUCGGUGGAAGGAAGAGCUUCCAUUCCAAACCAUUCGCGCGGACAAACAAAUAACCAACCAAGGACACGGGCUGAUAGGGAAUUAUUCAAACGAUCGUAAUUUA